UACACAAACACUCUUACUGCACACACUCUAACACACACACAUACACACAGCAGUUAUUUCCUCUUAGAUCUCAAGCUGUCUAAAACUGUUUUUCUUGUGGAUGUUUACACAGCCCACAGCUGCUCUGGAGAAGGUCAUAAAGGAUAAGUAACAGAGAGAGACAGAAGAACAGGACAUUUUAAAACAUAUUUCCGCUCCUUUUUUUUUUGGUGGGGGAUUUGCAAGGCUGUUUGGAGAGUAAGUGAAAUUGGGACUGAGUUGGUUUGACAGCCACCCUUGAGGGGACAGGUUGUCAUGGUAACUGACCACGGUGGGCUGACCCUAGCAUGCUGGAUGGUGAAAGGAACUAGAGUGACCCUAUCAAGCCACUGAAAGUGACGGUGAAGAAGGAGAGCACAGGGAGAGGAUGGAAGACAGCUUUUCCAGCUACAGCUCUCUCUAUGACACAUCCUCAUUGCUGCAGUUCUGUAAUGAUGACAGUGCCUCUGCGACAAGCAGCAUGGAGGUGACAGACCGACUUGCAUCUCUGGAGCAGCGUGUUCAGAUGCAGGAGGAUGAGAUUCAGCUGCUGAAGUCAGCGCUAGCCGAUGUGGUGAGGAGACUCAACAUCUCAGAGGAGCAACAGGCCAUGCUGAGCAGGAAGGGACCAACCAAAGCUAGGCCAAUGAUUGCAACACUGCCAUUGAAGCCCACAGUCCACAAUGGUAACAUCCUACCAAAGAAAAGUGCCAUUCUGCUCUCACCCUCAGGCUCCAAGAAAGACAACACACCAGCGACCAAAAGUAAACAGAAGGAGCCUGUGUUCUGUGCUGGGAUGCGACGCGUGACACACUGCAAAGAUGAAGGGUAUGUCAAAAUGUAUUUGAAAGGAAGACCUAUCACUAUGUACAUGCCAAAAGAGCUGUUGGACACAUACUGCCUAGAAGAAAAAGCUGAUCUGCCUCCCAAAAAACUGAAGUUAGACUGGGUUUAUGGCUACAGGGGCCGUGACUGUCGGUCCAAUCUCUACCUGCUCCCCACUGGAGAGACAGUUUAUUUUAUUGCCUCUGUGGUGGUGUUGUACAACGUAGACGAACAGCUGCAAAGACACUACACUGGGCAUACUGAUGACAUCAAAUGCCUAGCUGUCCAUCCUGAUAAAAUCACCAUAGCAACAGGACAAGUGGCUGGAACCACCACGGAUGGCAAACAGUUAGCGCCUCAUGUCCGUGUUUGGGACUCUGUGAGCCUAAACACACUUCAUGUUCUUGGAGCUGGCUUUUUUGACAGGGGUCUUGUGUGCCUCUCCUUCUCUAAAUCGAACGGUGGCAGCUGGCUGUGUGUAGUAGAUGACUCCAACGAUCAUGUCCUUUCAGUAUGGGACUGGCAACGAGAUGAGAGACUUGCUGAAGUUAAAUGCUCCAAUGAGUCCAUUUUCGCUGCUGAUUUCCAUCCAACAGAUGCAAACAUAAUUUUAACAUGUGGGAAGUCCCACCUUUGCUUUUGGUCACUAGAAAAAGGCUCCCUUCUAAAAAAACAGGGUUUGUUUGAGAAACAAGAGAAGCCCAAGUUUGUCUUGUGUGUGACUUUUUCAGAAAAUGGUGAAGCUAUCACUGGUGACUCCAGUGGAAAUAUACUCGUGUGGGGCAAAGGCUCUAAUCGCAUUAGUUUGGCCAUUCAGGGUGCACAUGAAAGCAGCGUGUUUGCUCUGUGCAUGUUGAGAGAUGGCACAUUGGUUUCGGGUGGGAAAGACCGUAAGCUCACAUCAUGGGAUGGAAACUACCAGAAGAUUCAUAGGGUGGAGGUUCCUGAAGUGUAUGGGCCUAUUCGCACCAUUGCUGAGGGGAAAGGAGAAACUAUUCUCAUUGGAACAACCAAAAACUACAUCUUGCUUGGCAAUCUGAAUGGUGAAUUCACCUCCAUUAUACAGGGUCAUACUGAUGAGUUAUGGGGCUUAGCUGUGCACCCGCUAAAGCUGCAGUUCCUAACCUGUGGCCAUGAUAAACAGGUCUGUCUGUGGCACUCAGCAUCCCAUCAGCCACUCUGGACCAAGACCCUGGAGGAUGCUGCUCAGUCUGCCGGCUUCCAUCCCUCUGGGGCAAUUGUUGCCAUAGGAACACAGACAGGCAGGUGGCUUGUACUGGAUACAGAAACUAAGGAUCUAGUCACAGUCCAUACAGAUGGGAAUGAACAGCUCUCAGUUAUGCGUUUUGCUCCAGAUGGCAAUUUCCUUGCCAUUGGGUCACAUGACAAUUACAUCUACAUUUAUGCUGUAGCUGAGAAUGGCAGGAAGUACAGUCGAGUGGGAAAAUGCUCUGGUCAUUCCAGUUUCAUUACUCAUCUAGACUGGUCUAUAGACUCUCAGUACCUGGUGUCCAACUCUGGAGAUUAUGAGAUCCUUUACUGGAUCCCCUCUGUGUGUAAACAAGUAGUGAGUGUGGAAACUACCCGAGAUAUCCCAUGGGCCACCUUUACCUGCACACUGGGCUUUCAUGUGUUUGGUUUGUGGCCAGAUGGCUCUGAUGGGACAGAUAUUAAUGCAGUGUGCAGUUCCAAUGAGAAGAGACUUCUCGCCACGGGGGAUGAUUUUGGAAAAGUGCACCUUUUCUCUUUCCCCUGCUCUCAAUCCAGAGCUCCUAGUCAUGUCUAUGGCGGUCACAGCAGUCAUGUCACCAAUGUUAACUUCCUGUUUGAUGACAGCCACUUGGUGUCCACUGGAGGAAAGGACAUGAGUGUAAUGCAGUGGCGUGUCAUAUAAACAACUACUGACUAUGUAUGUGGAAAUGGAUUGGGAAAAUUCCAGAUUGAAAUGAAGGAGUGGCAGUCAUUUGAAGGCAUACCAUGUAUAAUUAGGUGAGGCGGGCAUGUUAAGCUAUUGUUUGCUAUGUGCUAAAACACAAAAUAUGCUUACUGUCUCAUCAGCCAUGAGGAGGACAUUCUGCAAACUCAACCCACAAAAUUACCUUGAAGUGAUGAGCAUGAAUAACUUUUUUCCAUGUAAUGCAUUUUGUGAUGCCAAAGCUGACAAAUUUACGUUGAAACUGUUACAGCAGACAUGGUAUAUGACCCCACCUUCUGGCCUCAAUAAGUAUUGCAGCCACUCCUCUGUGAUUGAAUUUUAGUGCGAAUGUACAGAAUGAUUGUCUCAGAACUUCCUGAACUGAUCUCAGCUUUCACUCUUCUUUUGAAGAGACAUUGUGUAUAUUAAAGAAACAGCAUGAAUUUACCAAACACAGCAAUGGCACUGUGAUCGAAAUAACCCCACAUUUAUACCAAAAUAAUGCAUGAAAUCCCUUUUAGACAACACUACAGCUAAUAGGUCAUAGUUAGGGUGCUAGUCUCCUCAUUUUUUAAUAAGUGUGCUUUAAUAAGACUUAAUGAAGUGUCUUAAUUAACUGCAAGUUAAUGAAACUGCAUUCCUUAAGUAUUUAUGGGAUAUAAUUUUAUUAUUUCCCAGGGUACAGUAUAACACUACAAAAUGUGGUAAAGUUCUGGGAGGGGUUCAAUUCUUAUGCAAUACAUGAUAUUCGAUUCAUUUCUCUUGUCUCUGCGAGAAAAGUGUUACCAUGUUGACUAGAUUAAACAGUACUAACAUUACUUUUUAUUAAAACCAACAAAUCUAUCAAUGCAAUGUAAUUCUUUUUAAAUACUCUAUGAUGAACUCUCUCCACUGCUUAAUAACUAUAAACAUGCUUCAUUUCUUUUGCACUGAAAGAGAAUGAGAAACUCAUCAGGGUUUUUAAUGACUGUAGUUUGUAUAUUAAAAAUAAAUUUAGCAUGCACAUAGUUGGUUGGCUGUAUUCUUUAAGCAUUUUUCAUUCAGAUUUUGAUUUGCCAACUGAUUGGUCUGUAGCACAAUGGCAAAUUGUGAUUUCAGAUUUUGUUUUUUAACAUUGAGGGAUGGAAUUGAACAUUACAAAUGAACGAAUCAGUAGCCAGGAUGGUAUUAGGCGUGUAUCUGGCUUGUAUGAACAGGUAACAAUGAUUACAGAAUGUUUAAUAAAAUGUAAAAAUCUGGCAUCAUUCUAAACAUUAUCACCUUCAAUCACUCAUAUUAAAUUCAUUCAAAUCUA